GCCUUUGUAGUGCGAGUCAAUAUUCCCGGAAGCGUGCUGUGCGUUUGAUUUGAGCUGCUCCCUCAUCGCCAUUCAGUGGCGCGUACUCCAGUGUAGCAGAAGCAUAACGUAGACUAUGGCAGAGCAGGAUCCCACCCCGGAGCAGCUGGCGGCCAUCGCAGCGGCCAACGAGGAAGCGGAGGGCGGGGUCAACUACAAGCCCCCCGCUCAGAAGAGUCUGCAGGAGAUCCAGGAGCUGGACAAGGACGACGAGAGCCUGCGCAAGUACAAGGAGGCCCUGCUGGGGAACGCCGCCGCGGCUGCAGUAGACCCCAACGCUCCCAAUGUCCAGGUGACACGCUUGACCCUGAUGUGUGAGACGGCGCCGCUGCCCCUGACCCUUGACCUACAGGGAGACCUGGAGUCCUUUAAGAAACAGUCCUUUGUGCUGAAGGAAGGCGUGGAGUACAAGAUAAAGAUCAGCUUCAAGGUCAACAAGGAGAUUGUGUCGGGACUGAAGUAUGCCCAGCAGACCUACAGGAAAGGAGUCAAGGUUGACAAGUCAGACUACAUGGUGGGGAGCUACGGGCCGCGGCCGGCAGAGUAUGAGUUCCUGACUCCUCUGGAGGAGGCUCCUAAAGGCAUGCUGGCCCGCGGCACCUACAACAUCAAGUCCAAGUUCACUGAUGACGAUAAGCACGACCACCUCUCCUGGGAGUGGAACCUUAACAUCAAGAAAGAGUGGAAAGACUGAGUCCCCGUCAACUUGAUUUUCCCCCAUCUUCUUAUUCCCAUUCCAUUAUUUUGCGAUAAGUAAUUAAGGCAAAUUGCUCUCUCGUCCACCCCAAUCCCUGCAGUAGUUUCAUUCUAAUCACGUUGUCAUGCCAUUCACCCCCCCCACACCCCACACACACACUCCUUGUGAUGCUGAGUAUUGAAUAUGUGGAGAAAGCAAAUCAUGAAUUUGUUUUGGUUAGUUUGUAUAGAACCUUUUUUUUUUAUAUGAAAAAAAUGAAAGAUUGAUUUGUUAAUGCUCUUGAUAUGGAUGUCAAUCAACUGUGUGAAUUCCAUCCUUUCCCCUUCCUGCUGAUUGUUUUAUACAACCAUGAUCUGCCUUGUAAAGGUGUUGCUGUGUGUUAAAGGCUGUGGUAGGUCCACACUCUGUACUCUUUGUUGGGGACGUUGCCCUCUGUCAGUGGAAAGCCUUUGAGCAGAUUAUAUGUACCAGAGUCCACACAAUUAGUUUAUUCUGGAACUAGUGUGAAUUCCUAAGCGUUAAGAGGUGGCAUUGAACAGCACUUACCGGCAGUCCACCAGAGGAACUGUGACCACCUGCUGAAGGUGCAAGUGUGCCUCUUCCUGGUCAGGGUUUUCACCUCCCUACCUAGUUCAUUCAGCAGCCAUGUGGCCUUAAAGAGGAUUCCUGUAGAACUAACGAUGAAGGAAAUGAUCACAGAGCCAUUUGCCUUCAGAACAGAACUGUCAGAUUGUUACGAGAGCCUCCUAUAGGGUUUGAGUAAAAGAGUUUUAGGCUGAGUGCAGGUGCGAACAGACAGACCAUUGAGAUGCUUGUACCUUCUUUCCAGAUUAGCCAGUAGAAGUAGACCAGGAAAGAGAACAGCAGACAUCUCUGCUCCCUUCCCUCCUCACCGCGUCAGGUGGUCUCAAUGUGGACCACCUUUAGUGCUGUUUGCUGAUGUGAAUGUGUUUACGUUGAUAUAAAGAACCUGGUUUUGUUGACAACUAAGAAAUGAGCUCCUUGUCAAAUGCCCUCGAAGCAGACCUUGAGGCCUUCUUCCAGUCACUAACUCCAUUGCUGUAGCGUCUCAUAUGGGGCCUUGCUGGUGGCCCUUGUGAGCAGAGAGGAAUGUCACACAAGGGUUGUUAAUCCGCUCACCUCGAGUAUGAAUCAACUCCAGGAUUACCAAAACUGGCUGUGCGUCCUAGCCUUUACAACCACCAGCUGCUCUCUGCUAAGGUCAGACAUUCAGAAUGGGAACUCAACAUCAAAUAGUUUUUAACUUUGGGCCUGAUGUUUUAGGUCAGGUCUAAGUUGUGCACAGACCCAGAGUUAAGUAGAACGAGAACAGCCAAGACCUCUUAAUACAAAACCGUGUUAUAUUUUUCUACACUCCAUUAAUCAAUGUCAUAACUUGUGAUGUAGGGCUCGGGCUUUGUUUGGUUUCAGUGGUUCAGUAUGCUUCACUGGAUCAUUGUUUCAGUAUGGUUUUGAUUCUGUGUGCCACCUGGAGAACACUGUUCACCUGUCACAUUAAAGUCUUCAGACUGGA